AUGAAGCCGUUUCUUCUAGGCCUUCUGAAGUGUAAGAGGUGCUCGUUCAUGACAAAGCUGGUUCUGCAAUGCGAAAAGGCGGAGGGCUGUGAUGUGGACGAUGUCCAGAUCUUUAACAAACAUGUGUUUGUUGAGAAUGGUGGGGAGAGGCUGAAGCUUCUUGCCAGAAGCCUCGAGGGCUUUUAUGGGAACCCUGUUUCUGAGGAGGAAAUCGAUUUUUUUGUCGAAAACCCUGACGAAGAUGAAAGAAUAAAGGGGCUUUUGUUCGGCGUGGAUGUUGUGGAGGGGAGUUUAAGGUGUGAUGCGUGUGGGCUUGUAUACCCGAUCAGGAAUUCGAUUGUGGAGACAGUUGACACGGCUGAGUCUAAGUAA